AUGGCUCAAACAUUAGAAGCCAUCAAGGUCGGUGGAGGUUCGAUUAAAGUGGGAACCACCGGUAAAGUCAGUGCCUUGAUGUCAAAAGAAUUAGUAGAUUCCAAGAAACCGGCUACUCAAAAGAAUAAAUCUCCUACUGUUUGUGGUUUCAUCGCUGGUAGCGCGACAAGUCCAAAGAGAAUGAAGCCGAGAACAUCAAGUGACGAAGCAAGCAGCAGCGGAACAACAUCUAAGCGUAACAAUAAAAGCCCUGAAUCGUUCAGGAAGACGAAGCACAACAAUAGAAAAACACAUCAAAUUCCAAUACUAGAAUCAGAAAACAUUUCAGUAGAUGGAACUCCGGUUAGCCUGAAACCUGACAGGAAGGGACCCUACAUGGUGGAAAUCGCGGACGUAAAAUGCAGAAUUAUGGACAGAACUUGGGCGAACCCGAUAAAAAAUAGCCUAAAGAAGCUCGGUUUCUCAAAGCUAUCCGAGAGCUCGGUCUAA